GAGGAUAAAGAGGGGGGAGUGGAAAAGAGCAGGAAAGGCUCUGUAGGCUUUGCUGCUGGGCUGAGUGUGAGCUGCUCCUGCUGGGCCUGCAGGAGCAGCAGUGUUUGUGUCGAGGAAAACAGCCCCCUUGGUGUUGAAGACCUCUUCCCAAGAGAAGCACGGAGCAUUCACUGAGAGGAAAUGGGUGCUCAAGGAGGCUGAAUUAGCUGGAGUGUUGGAAGAGAUGAAAAUGACCACGCACCUGACCAAGCUGAAGACAAAAGCCAUAGAGGAGCUGAAGCAGUGCGGUGACCACCUGGCAAAGACCAACUUCUGGCUGAUGAAGGACAUCCAGCACACUGAUGAUAGCACUGCCAAGCAAGCCAGAGACUUGCUACAUCAGUUUGAAGUGUAUCAGAUGAUCGAGGCAAUGACACAGACCAUCAGUCAGAACCAGCUGGAUAUGGCAAGGGCAGAGCUCCAGGAAAUGGAAAAAACAAUGGAAAAGAAUCUGGGAAAGCUACAGCAGCAAGUGGAUGAAGCCACAUCGAAAGUACAGGCUCUCCAGGAUGAGCUCAGCAUCCUUCGGACCUACACAGAGGUGCAUUAUCUAAACCAAGCUAUGCAGAUAGUCCUCCUGCUGUCCGACAUCCAAAACCUGAAGAAGCAACAGCAGGACGAGAUAGAUGAGACAGAAAAAAUGGGAAAGGCCAUUCUGGAGGAACUGGAAGAAAAAACACAGCUGGAACAAGAAGAGAUAUUACAGAAAGUUGCAGAGGAGGUGUUGCUGCACCAGGAUGGGCUGAAGCAGAUGGUCAUCAACAAUCAUGUUCUUCGACAUGAAAUAAGAAGACAAAAAGAGAUUAUUAAAGACCUGGAAGAGGAGAUCAGCGAGCUGAAGAGAAGCGUCCAGACGCUCCGCCAGAGUGCAGGAGACCCAAGAGAGACGAUCUUUGCUGACGUUUUUCUCCACAGACCAAAGUGCACACCAGACACCGAGGUGGUUCUCCGUAUCCCCACUGAGAAGACUCCGCUCCCCUGGUGCCCACAGCGCUCAGAGAGGCUGCAGCCAAAGGCAAACCAGGACUCUCCGCUGCGAUGCCCCAGUGGUCUCCCAGUGCCGGCCCCGACGCCCCGAGGUGAGCACGUCCCACUGCGGACCGGCCUGCCGUCCCAGACCGGAGCCUCUGUGGGACAGAGCACGCACACAGGUUCAAAUAAAAACAGCCCUAUUCAAAACGCUCCUCCGCCCCGCGCUGUCCGUUACCGGCUCUGGAGCCGGCGCUGCCAAACAGGGGCAUCGCAGCCCCGCCGAUCCCAGCCCCGCCGCCCCUCCGGGCAGCACCGGCUCGGCUCGGCUCGGCUCGGCACGGCUCGCUCCUUACUUGGUGAAGCAGCGAAGCCGCGCUCUGUCCCGGCGCGCCGUGGAGCCGGGCGGGGCCGGGCGGGGGGCGCGGGGGUCCGACCCUACGCGGGACGGGAGCCCGGCUGAAGCCCCCGAGCCGCC